AGAAAGCCUGCUCGAGCUUGAAGCUGUGCCUCUCACCAGAUGGGUGUUUGGGGGCAAAUGGGUCGUUUGGUCCCCCUUCUGUUCCUGGUGUUUCUCCCCACACCAAUGGUGUGCUUCAGGUGGGAGAGGACUGCACUGCAGAGACCAGAACGGCCAAGCCCCCCACAGAAUGUGCUGCUGGAAGCCCUGAACUGUACGGCCUUCAGAGUCCGGUGGCGAACACCUCGACGGCACAGCAACAUCACCGGCUACACGGUCUUGUACACAGAGAUGAAAGGUAACAGACCUGUCCUGCCUAAGAUAGCCCAGGAUCUACUCUUCAACCAGGACAAUCACAGCAUGGACCAGAUGAAAAGUCCACAAAUGUAUGAAAUGGAUGUUGGGAAUCUGAAACCAGGGACCAGGUACCGUGUGACAGUGAAGGCACGUAGCGUGACAGAGGAGGGGAGGCCAAGUCCCACAAAGUAUGUGACAACUGUCACUCAAGACCGGUGCUCACCGCCAGAGGCUCCAUCCCGACCGGAGGCUGCGGCCGUGUCUAACUCUGAGGUGGCAUUGUCAUGGAAACCCGGGCCAGGGGCAGGGAGUUCGUCACAGCAGUACUACACGGUGGAGUAUAUCCGGUCUGAACUUAAUGACACCUGGACACUGAUAGGUGAAAAGAUCCAAUCGGAAUCCACACUGAUCAAGGGACUGGAAGCGAACGUGAAAUAUCAGUUUGCAGUCCGGGCAGUCAAUGCUCAUGGCGCAAGCUUACGCAGUGAGCCCAGCAAUGCUGUCAAGACACUCGCCGAUUGGAUGGUUUCUACAGAGCGGGUGUUCCGUUACGAAGUGGACUCUGGGUACAGGUUCACAGGUGCAGAGGAGCUGGGCAGUGGCCAUUCUGGGCAACGCUAUACCAUGGACACUGAUGAUAUUGUUGGAUUCACUGUCGAUGAUUCAGACUUUGACAUUUACAUCGAGGAGUCACUCUCUGUCUUACAGGCAAAAAGCAAGAACUUCCAGGUUGAGACUCGGCUCCAGCCAGAUUCCGCCACCAUCCCAAGGAGACCGUCUCACAUCCACACGCCCACUGCUCCAGACGCCACCGUAUCUCUCCACUCACAGGGGGCAGCUGGUCGUGUCCUGGACAUGGCAUGUGAAGAUGCCAACUGUCCAGGCGACAGCUUCUGUAUGAGUGACUAUGAGAGUGGAGGGUCCAGGUGUCACUGCAACUUGGGGAAAACUGGGGAGCAAUGUAACAGAGAUAUCGCUGUUCAAUUCCCAAAGUUCUAUGGUUACUCCUACCUCACCUUUGAACCUCUCAGGAAUUCUUACCAGAAAUUUCAGAUAACCAUUGAGUUUAAGGCUGAUCUCGAUGAUGGUUUGCUGUUAUACUGCGGAGAGACAGAGAAUGGCCACGGAGACUUCCUGUCUCUUGCAAUCAUUCGUCGACGCCUCCACUUCAGGUUUAAUUGUGGGACAGGGGCUGCAGCCUUGGUCAGUGAGAGUAGGGUACAGGCUGGGCAUUGGCACACAGCCACUAUCUACAGGCAUGGUGUCAAUGGCUGGUUACGCCUGGACAAUGACGCCCCAGUCACUGGCAAAUCCAAGGGACACUACACUAAGAUCACGUUCCGGUCACCAUUGUACAUUGGCGGUGCACCAAGUGCCUAUUGGUUGGCCAAGGUGGCAGGGACCAAUCGGGGAUUCCGAGGCUGCGUCCAGUCACUGGUCAUUAACGGCAGACGGAUCAACAUGCGAGGCUGGCCCACAGGCCGGGCGGUCAGCGGGGCUGACGUUGGGGAGUGCAGCGCUGGAUUGUGCAAUAGGGUUUCCUGCAUCAACGGUGGGAGCUGUGUCCCCCACAGAGCUGACUCUUACCUGUGUCUGUGUCCCAAGGGUUUCCGAGGGAAACAUUGCGAGGAAGCUUUCAUGUUGGUGGUCCCACAAUUCAAUGCGUCAAGAAUGUCCUACGCUGGCCUGCCUUGGCCAAUGGAGCCCCAGUAUUACCUCUCCUUCAUGGAGUUCCAGAUCACCUUCCGCCCUGAGACUGCCAAUGGGGUCAUCCUCUACAGCCACGACACCUCCAGUAAAGACUUCAUCUCCCUCAACUUGGUGGCCAGAUACGUGGAGUUUCGCUUCGACUGUGGCUCAGGAACCGCAACCAUCAGGAGUAAGGAGCCCAUUUCCCUGAACCAAUGGCAUGAGGCGAAGGUGUCUCGUACUGCCAAGAAUGGAAUCCUGCAGGUGGAUGACCAACACGCUGUGGAGGGGAUGGCAGAGGGGGCUUUCACACAGAUAAAGUGUAACACUGAUCUAUUCUUUGGAGGAAUUCCAGAAUACGACAAUGUAAGGAGAAACUCUGAAGUCUUGCAGCCUUUCACAGGAAGCAUUCAGAAUAUAAUCCUGAAUGAUCGGACCAUCCACCUCCAGCAGGACUUCAGUACCAGUGUGAACUUGGAGAAUGCAGACCACCCAUGCGUUAACAACCCCUGUGUCAACGGAGGCAGUUGCCGUCCUCAUCACAGUGCCUUUGAAUGCGAUUGUCCACUGGGCUUUGAUGGACUGCAGUGUCAGAAAGCUAUUACAGACGCCAUUGAAAUCCCCCACUUCAUUGGCCGCAGUUACCUCACCUAUGACCAUCCAAAUUUCCUUAAGCGAGUCUCAGGAACCAGGUCCAAUAUCUUCAUGAGGUUCAAGACGACAACCGAUGAUGGGUUGCUGCUUUGGAGAGGAGACAGCACCAUGAGGAUUAACAGUGACUUCAUCUCACUUGGUCUCCAGGAUGGUGCCUUGGUAUUCAGCUAUAACCUUGGCAGUGGAACAGUUGCCAUCAUGGUAAAUGGAUCAUUUCAUGAUGAUAGAUGGCACCGUGUGAAGGCAGUUCGGGAUGGGCAGUCAGGAAAGCUAACGGUCGACGAUUAUGGUGCGAAAACUGGCAAGUCCCCAGGAAAGAUGCGUCAGUUGAACAUGAAUGGGCCACUCUAUGUCGGAGGGAUGAAAGAGAUUGCCCUCCACACCAACCGCCAGUACAUGAGGGGCUUCGUAGGCUGCAUCUCCCAUUUUACCCUCUCAACUGAUUACCACAUCUCACUGGUGGAGGAUGCCACAGAUGGAAAGAACAUCAACACCUGCGGGAUCAAAUAACCCCCUCCGGCCAGGAGCUGUGCCAUGGUCAAAGGAGGAAAGGGGAAAGCAAAGGAAAAGUGUUACUCCUUCCCCCAAAACAAAGUAACACUUGGACGAUAAAUAUCUGAGCAAUAACCGAGACUGGGAACUGGCAGUUACAAGACGUUCCAUUUCCAUGGGUUUUCAAUGACAACUGAAUCAUCUAAUUGCAUCAUUUCAGCUGGACAUUAUCUUUUCCCCGGUUGAGUCACUUGUUUGAUUGUAUCUUGCUCUUUUCCAAUUAAAUGACAGCUCUUGGUAGACAAUGGGCUGGACCCUGAUCUCC